UAGUGUCUUCAUCGCGAGUAAUCCUUGCUUGCUCCAACACUCUACUCCCAAACUCCUUCAAAGCCUCCGCCACACCACUGCUCCGCAACUGAGAAACUUUCGAAAACAAAUCAAAGCUUUCUCUCUCUAAAAGCAAGGAAAUGGCUCAUUCAUGUAUGGCCACAACUUCUUCAAUCUCGAAAUUCAACUACCCAAUCUUCUCCUCCGAUUCUUAUUCCUCAGAACGCCGCUGCCUUCUCUCUCUCCCGUUUAAACCCCUUCCAUUAAGGAAAUUGAAUGCUGUUGGGAAAGUGAAGAGUCGUGGUAAUACUGGCACGGCGAAGGCUGUGUAUACCGAAGCGGAUUGGGAUUCAGUGAAUGUUUCGAGAAGUGGGGUUUGGUCUAUCAGAGAUGAUUUGGAAGUUCCCACGUCACCGUAUUUUCCUGUAUAUGCACGGGGUCAGGGGCCACCUCCAAUGGUGCUAGAGAGAUUCCAGAGUGUGAUUAGUCAGCUCCUCCAAUUUAGGAUUAUUCGAUGUGGUGGAGCAGUUGAUGAUGAUAUGGCAAACAUUAUUGUGGCACAGCUCCUUUAUCUUGAUGCAAUAGAUCCCACUAAGGAUAUUGUUAUGUAUGUCAACUCUCCAGGAGGAUCAGUUACAGCAGGUAUGGCCAUUUUCGAUACCAUGCGGCACAUCAGACCUGAUGUCUCCACAGUUUGUGUUGGACUUGCAGCAAGUAUGGGUGCUUUUCUUCUCAGUGCUGGCACCAAAGGGAAAAGAUACAGCUUGCCAAACUCUAGGAUAAUGAUUCACCAGCCUCUUGGUGGUGCACAAGGUUCACAAUCUGAUUUAGAGAUACAGGGUAAUGAAAUGCUUCAUCAUAAAGCUAAUCUGAAUGGAUAUCUUGCAUACCAUACUGGUCAGAGCCUCGAAAGGAUUAAUCAAGACACAGAUCGCGAUUACUUCAUGAGUGCAAAGGAAGCUAAAGAAUAUGGGCUCAUAGAUGGUGUCAUCAUGAAUCCAAUGAAAGCCCUUCAACCACUUCCCGCAGCUUAAUUCUUGCCUGUUGUGCAUCAUACCGUUGUCACAUGACUACAACCCAAUGGGGUCGUGGUUCCUUAACAGGCUUGAUAUGGUGCCAGUUUAGAUUACAGUGGGAAUGAUGAUUUGUACACAGAUUUUAGCAUCAAAAUUUUCUUACUCCACUAAAUAGGAAUAUUCUGCAAACCUGAGUAUUUUGUGUACUUGACUUGCGGUUUCCAUUUUGACAAUCUAGUUGUUACUAGUCUCUUGUUUUCUUGCACCAUGAUAAUUCUUCUAUCCAUCAUAUUGGACUGUGCUUACUGUUUCUAAUGGCAAGUAGAUUGUGUUUUGA